AUGGCGGUGACGGGCUGGCUGGAGAGUCUGCGGGCGGCCGAGAAGACGGCGCUGCUGCAGGACGGGAAAAGGAUGGUGCACUAUUUAUUCCCAGAUGGGAAAGAAAUGGCUGAAGAAUAUGACGAGAAGACAAAUGAACUACUUGUGAGAAAGUGGCGUAUGAAAACUUCCCUUGGAGCCUUGGGCCAGUGGCAGCUUGAAGUAGGAGAGCCAGCACCCUCGGGAGCAGGGAGUCUGGGGCCUGAGCUCAUCAAAGAAAGCAAUGCCAGUCCUAUCUUCAUCCGCAAGGACACCAAAACAAGUUUCCAGUGGCGGAUUCGAAACCUACCCUACCCAAAGGAUGUCUAUGGGGUCUCCGUGGCCCAGAAGGAGCGCUGCAUCAUUGUCAGAACAACCAACAAGAAUGUCUGCCACCUUUGCUAGCCAGGCCUGGGCCCCAGGAAGAGCCCUCAGCCUGCUGGUUAGGAAGAGGAUGCGGCCAGCAUUCCACCCUGUUGCAGGCAGAUGGAUCGCCUUUCCCUCAGGCAGAGCUUUGGACAAGAAA